UUCUUUAACAUUCAGUUAUCGAAUAAAACUUGAUACAUACAGGCUGUUUUCUACAUAAAGUGUUGGAAAAAUAAUAAUUUUUUUCUUUCUCAAAUACAAAUAAAAACCAGAAUAUUGCGCAGUAUAAAAAAAGAGAAAAUUUGAUUUUGUAAUUCUUGUGUUCAAAAUAUAUAAUAUUAGCAGAAGAUACGUUUGACUACGUGUACAUUGAAUUAUUCCGAGUGGUGAAAAAAAAAACUUUUUCUUCGUUAAACAAAGCCAAAUAAAAGGAAAAAUUAGUAAAAUGUCGACUGAACAACAAUUCGAUGAAUACGAGGAAUACAACUUGGGUGACCAUGACAAGCACAUCUUUUGUGGCCAUAGCGGAAAACAAAGAACAAAGAAGGAAGCUAGCACCCAUACAAAUCAUACCGAUCCGAGUGGACAUUCCAGAAAGAUUUUAACCAAACUCAUGAACACGGAAAACAACAAGAAAGAGGGCAAAAAGAACUAAUCCGAUUGUGAUCUUCAGUGCUGUGAUAUAGAACUACAUAAAAAUAACAACAAGAAAAGAAUAUUCUGUGUAUGAUUGAACUUCACUCGAUUGGAUUAUAAGAACACACACACACCGUGAAGAACAUUAUAUAAAUUAUCUAAAUAAGUUUACAUUUUACUCCGAUUGCUGUGCGUUUUUGUUUUUGAUUUAUUGAAUUACAAAAGUAACUUUAGUCAAGUAAAGGAAAACUAGUUGCAUAAAUAAAUAAUAAUAAUUACUAGAGGAGUGUGUACUAAACAUUGUUGUUAAACUUAAAAAAA